CGGGGGUGGUAGUGAAUUUUAAAUGCUAAAUACGUGGAACGCGAAGUUUGUUUCUGUCGCGUUUAAAAAAACAUUCAGCUUUUCUGCUUCCCAUCAAAAAUGGUAAACUAAAAGAACCAGAAUGGGUGAGGUCAUUCAAUUAGUUCAGGUCUGCGAAUGAAUGACGCUUUGAGGAAUUUAGCAGGGAAUGAUCGUGCAGCAACUGCUGUUCUCGCUCCUGCUAUACCCUGCAGGGAGCGCUUCGAUAGAUUUAGGUCCAGUGAGUGUUCCAGGAGACAUUAUCCUCGGUGGUCUCUUUCCAGUCCACAAGAAGGGCGAAAGGACUGCUUGCAGUCAACAGAUCUACCAUCGAGGCGUACAAAGACUCGAAGCAAUGAUGUUCGCAAUCGACCGCAUCAACAGCAAUCCUCGUAUUCUCCCAAACAUCACCUUAGGUGUCCAUAUCUUAGAUACCUGUUCGAGAGAUACUUACGCUCUAAAUCAGAGCCUUCAGUUUGUCAGAGCUUCAGUCAACAACAUUGACACUUCCGCCUUAGAAUGUGUCGAUCACUCCAUACCUAGGCCUAGAAACAACUACACAGGACCGGUCUUUGGCGUCGUGGGGGGAUCCUACAGCUCAGUUUCUCUCCAAGUUGCCAACUUACUAGGUCUUUUUCAUAUUCCUCAAAUAUCGCCAGCGUCGACGGCAAAAGCGUUAAGUGACAAAACCCGAUUCGAAUAUUUUGCAAGGACGGUUCCUCCGGACACUUUUCAAUCUAGUGCAUUAGUGGACAUUGUUAAAAGUGUGAAUUGGAGUUACGUAUCAACCAUAUACUCCGAAGGAUCUUACGGAGAGUAUGGUAUAGAGGUAUUUCAUAGAGAAGCUCAAGAGAGAAACGUUUGUAUUGCCACCGCUGAAAAAGUGCCAAGUACUGCAGAUGAUCACGCUUUCGAUAACAUUAUUAUAAAGUUGAAAAAGAAAGUCAACGCAAGAGGAGUUGUACUCUUUACACGAGCCGAAGAUGCGAGGAGGAUUCUACAAGCUGCGAAGCGUCUGAAUGCUAGUCAUACAUUCUACUGGGUAGCAAGCGAUGGAUGGGGUAAACAACAGAAGUUAGUAGAAGGUUUAGAAGACGUAGCUGAAGGAGCUAUUACCGUUGAGCUACAAUCUGACAACAUUCCGGGCUUUGAUGAAUACAUGAUGUCACUUACACCAGAAACUAACCUCCGUAAUCCCUGGUUUGAGCAAUAUUGGGAAGAUACGUUUGAUUGCAUACUUGAAAAAAAUGUUCCACUCAUCACACAUACCAACUUCAAUGUUUGCAAGCCCGAACUGCGGCUUUCACAGAAAGUUGGAUAUGAACAAGAAAGUAAAGUGCAGUUUGUGGUGGAUGCAGUCUACGCGUUCGCUUUAGCACUUCAUAAUCUUUAUCGUGACUUGUGCAAGGACUACAGGAAGUCCGGAGUGUGCCCCGCGAUGACCCAAUACGACGGUGGAGAUUUCUAUAAAAAGUAUCUACUUAACGUCUCCUUCACCGAUCUCGCUGGAAGUCCUGUAAAAUUCGACCAUCGUGGCGACGGACUAGCCCGUUACGAUAUCCUCAACUACCAAAGACUAAUAAACGCUUCAGGAUACCACUACCGAGUAGUUGGAAAGUGGUUUAACUCACUUGAAUUAAAUUUAGACCACCUAGUUUGGAACAACAACCAAACUGUUCCUCCAACAUCGGCCUGCUCUCUCCCUUGUGAGCCCGGAAUGAUAAAAAAACAACAAGGCGACACAUGUUGUUGGAUAUGCGACAAAUGUGAAGAGUACGAAUACGUGUUCAACGAAUUCACAUGUAAGGAUUGCGGUCCUGGCUAUUGGCCUUACGAGGAUAAAUUGUCCUGCUACGCGUUGGAACUCCAAUACAUGCGCUGGGAUUCCCCUUACGCACUCGUUCCGGCCGCUUUUUCCUGCUUAGGAAUAUUAGUAACGCUGAUGAUAAUAGCCCUCUUCGUAAAACAUAACGACACGCCGUUAGUGCGCGCUUCUGGACGUGAAUUAAGCUAUAUGUUAUUGUUUGGCAUAUUAUUGUGCUAUUUGAACACUUUUGCGCUCCUGGCGAGGCCCACCACCGAGACCUGCAUCACCCAAAGGUUCGGGGUGGGGGUCGGAUUUUCCAUAAUAUACGGGGCGCUUCUUACAAAGACUAAUCGAAUCUCGAGGAUAUUUGAUUCAGCAUCUAAAUCUGCUCAAAGGCCCAGUUAUAUUAGCCCCAAGUCGCAGGUAAUCAUCACCUGUACUCUUAUAGCCGUGCAAAUUCUACUCACCCUCGUUUGGAUGAUCGUCGAACCACCCGGCACCAGGUUCUACUACCCCCACAGAAGUCAGGUCAUUCUAAAAUGUAAAAUUCAAGACAUGUCGUUUUUAUUCUCUCAACUCUACAAUAUGGUCCUAAUUACAAUUUGCACAGUAUACGCUGUGAAGACACGAAAAAUUCCAGAAAAUUUCAACGAAUCGAAAUUUAUUGGUUUCACCAUGUAUACAACAUGCAUUAUUUGGCUCGCAUUUAUCCCGAUCUACUUUGGAACAGGAAAUUCCUACGAGACCCAAAUCACCACAUUAUGUGUGGCUACUUCAAUGAAUGCAACGGUGGCCCUCGUCUGUCUCUAUUCGCCCAAAGUAUAUAUCAUAGUACUACACCCAGACAAAAACGUGCGAAAACUGACAAUGAACAGCGCAGCUUACAAGAAGUAUAACUCGGGACCUACCUCUACUUACACGGCUUCUUCAACUCAUAAAGGAGGAGAUCCCAGUGAAACCAUUCCUAUGCAAAACGUGGGCCCCAAUACUCCUUCAAGAAGUUCUUGUACAGCUGCGACUACUGAACCUGCAUCCGACAGUGUGGCUCUACUCUAAUACGAUUCUUCCAACUAAAGGUUUCUGCCCCUCGUCUCAAGACAUCAUUCGCUAACCAACUCAAUAUAAUUUAUUCUAAAUAUUGCCAUAUCUGUUGAAAAAGAUAAGUCGACUUUAUUAGAUGCUAUACUAAUGACCGUGCUUUUUAAAGUAGAGAAUAUCUAGGACCAAAACCUUGACUUGAACUUAAAGUAACUUGUUUCAUUUAAAAAGACAAUCUUUGUAAAUUAAAAUAAAUUAUUUACGCAUUGAUUUUUUUCGACAGACUUUAAAGAAAUUUAAGUUAAAAAAAUUCUUGACUGAGCGAAUAUGUUCUAACAUUAUUGUGAUAUUUUGUUUGGUUUUGACAUUAGACUGUGUGAUUAAAAAGUUUUAGCCGACGUCUUGCUAUCUUCAAUUUGUACGUCUGAACUCGGAAAAGUUUUCAUCCCUUCGGAACGAAAACUUUUUGAUCAUACGAGAUAAACCAAUUGUUUGGAAUUUUAAAUGUAGGUAAAUGUAGAAAAAAAAACAAUAAGGAAACUUUAUUUCGAGUAUAAUGAAUUAAUGAUUAAUGACUCAUACGCAACCAACGCUUGAAUUAAAUCCGAAAUAAAGUUUCUUUAUUAAUGUAAAUUAAUAAAUACAUAUCAAACUUGUAUUUUCUUGUUGUGUAUAAAUGGGUUUAUUUUUAGAGCAUUUCGAAAUGUAUUUCCGUUAAAAGUAAAAAACUCAUUUGCCCAGUGGUUGGUAUCCAAUUACAUUAUCAAUGUCUGACAUCAAUGUAAAAAAAACACAAAAUCCUGGCGCAAACUACUGUUGUUUUCUUUAUAAUUUUAAACGCAACAACGGCAUGUUCCCAAAUUUUUGUGAGCUGUACUAGUCACCGAAACUUUAUUUUACUGUAGAUUAAAUAAUUGUGAUAUCCUACAAAGUACAAUUUCAAUUUUAUCCUAGUGUUUUGUUGCUCUAUAUAAAUACGAAAUAAAUAA